AUGGACAAAGAGCAAGUUAAGGACCAGAGCCGUGGCCAGGAGACGACUGGAAAGUCGGAGUGGAAACAACGCCCACCCUACCGCGUCCACGAGAAGAACGAGGACUUUGACGUCAAGUACGAAGCCAACUGCCAUUGCGGAAAGGUUCAGUACCAGCUCAGCCGGAGAGAGCCUCUAGACAGCAAGCUGUGCCAUUGUACAACCUGUCAGACCCAGCAUGCUGCACCCUUCCAAUGGGCAGCCAUCUUUCACAAAGAUGACAUCAACUUCACCAACGGCCACCACGAUCUAGAAUGGUAUGACCCAACCGACAAGUCCAUCGAGCACAAGCUCCCCUGCAAAGUUCGUUGCUCCUACUGCCAUUCACCCAUCAUGGACGAGGGCCGCAACAUGAUCCUUCUUUUCCCCUCCCUCGUGCACCUCAAGACCGACGAAGACAAGGCAUACUUCAAGCCCCGCUGCCACAUGUUCUACGGCCAACGUGUCAUGGAUAUCCCAGACGGUCUUCCUAAAUGGAGCGGUCUGAGUGGCGAUUCUGAUCUCAUUGAGGACAGCCCACCGGAUAUGGUUCGCGAGCAUGAGCGUAAACGCGAGGAGGAGAGGAAUAAGAAGUUGGAAGAGGGUGAGCCGGAUGAGGUCACCAAGGAGGGUACUCAAGGCAGGAAGGAAGGCAAGGGCUCCAACUCCGGUUAG